GUGAUGUGGAGAGGAAGAUUAAUGGUAUGUUCAUGUACCUACCCGUGCGCGAUUUUUACGUAAAGAGUCACGCAGGGAUUGAUUGAAUCCCCUUCCAAUUUGGUAGGCUACAGCGCUAAUUUGAGCUUAAAAUGUAUCUUUCAUUUUGAAAUUAAAGUACUGUCUGUCGCAUGCUUUGGAAGAGGCAGAAGACCCGUGGGAACCCGUGCAACGCAAUCCGACAGCUUCGCCAUGAACAGCUCGAGCGGGAUCUGUUUCUUGCGCGAAAGAAUGCAAGUUUGAAAAGUGGCAGUCGAGGGAUGCAGGCGAGGAAAUAUCUGAAAGCGGUCGAAGAUAAGGUUGCUGAAUCCGCUAGAAACCUUAUUGACUCAGAAGAAGCCAGGCUAGAGCGGAAUCGGGAAGCAAGCGAGCCUUCCGGAAUUCAGGAAGAAACACAGGAAGCUGUAGAUCUCCUGGACAGAUUACAAUGUCAAUAUGAAGCACCAUUCGAGUCACUCUCUGGCGGUUGGCGGAUGCGUUGCAUGCUUGCCGGAAAUUUGAUCCAGAAAGCGGAUAUUUUGAUUCUUGAUGAACCUACCAAUUUUCUCGAUUUGUUGGGAAUCGUCUGGCUGGAAAAUUAUCUCGCCCAUCUACGGACAGUAGAUGACGAUAGGACUGUGGUGCUCGUGUCUCAUGAUCGAGAUUUCCUCAACAAUAUGUGCGAGGAAACCAUUGUCCUGAAAGAUCAGACCCUUUCAUACUUCAGGGGAAAUCUUUCGGCAUACGAGCAGGAUUUAGGAGCUCAGAAACUUUACUGGGGCCGUAUGAAAGAAGCGCAGGAUUGCCAAGUCGCGCACAUGGAAGCGACCAUUCGGGACAAUAUCAAACUGGGCAAGAAGACUAGCGUUGACAACAAACUUCGAAUGGCGAAAUCUCGCCAGAAGAAAGUGGAUGAAAGGAUGGGUGUGCAGGUGAGCGGCAAGGGGACAAGAUUUAAACUGAAUCGUGACCGCGUGGGGUUUCAUGAUUCCAUGAGAGAUGAAAUAGAUGUUCCACAAGAUGAAAAGGGGUCUCAUUGGAAUCUAUCCAUUUCCGUUACAAGCCCCGGGGUGACCUUAUCCUUAAUGGUUAUCGACCUGGUAAUCCACAUGGGAGACCGAGUUGGAAUCAUAGGCCUAAACGGGAGUGGGAAAACGACCCUACUCAAGGUCCUUGUGGGAUCAAUGCGACAGUCGCAGGGCACCGUGACUCGCCAUCCUAGAGCAACUAUCGGAUACUAUUCGCAACACUCGACGGAUGAACUCAAAGCAAUUGGUCGAACUGAACCGGUGCUAACUGCGCUUUCAUUAUUGUCCCGGGACGCUAACAGGAGCCCUGGGGAGGGUGAAGUGCGUGGAUUAUUGAGUUCACUAGGCCUGGCAGGAAGGACCGCAUCAGAUGUCCCUAUCACACAGCUAUCAGGAGGGCAGCUGGUUAGUAUGUUCCUUUCAUUUCAAGUUCCGAGCUCAGCCCUGGUGCCAAACCAGAUUAUUUCUCAUAAACCUUUGUUUAUACGGGUACGCCUAGCACUGGCCAGGAUACUCUGGAAUCUGCCACACCUAUUAGUCCUGGAUGAGAUCACCACGCAUCUUAAUUUCUACACUGUUAUCGCACUAGUGGAAGACCUUUCAUCUUUCAAUGGUGCUAUACUCAUCGUUUCCCACGAUCGAUACUUGAUCCGGGGCGUUGUUGAGGGGAAGCGAAACGCGGCGGGGCAAGAUAGAGAUGCGAAUAUGACUAUGAAGCCAGACGAUGACGAUUUGGGGCGGCACGAUGUGUACGUUUUAAGGCGAGGGAAGCUGCAUCGACAGGAUAAUGGCGUGGAACAGUUUGAGAAGAGUCUGCAGAAGCAGUGUUCCUUGGAACUAGUUAUCUUCUCAAGGCUAUCAGAAGGUAAAGAUGAGGAGCAGGAGUCAGAAGAACAUUUUCAACAUUGGGUUGAGCAAGCACUCUCUUAUGUGCGCGGGUGGGAUUGGAAGAAGCCUCAGGAGCUGAGGUACCUGGAGAUUACUGAGAGCCUUAUUCGAGACUGCAGCCAGGUCACAACAAUAAAUAACAGACGGCAAAUGAUCAUGAUGAACGAUUUAAAAACUAAUGGGACAGGUAAGAAGCGUGAAGCCCAGCCCCAAUGUUCGCAGUUUAGAAGUAGCGCGUUGCGCUUAGGUACCUUGUUUACUUCCGCUGCUGCCGCUAUUCUUCUGCUGUUGCAAUGUGAACAUGCUCAACAAGAUGAGAACAUGUCCGGCUCUGUACCGGCCUUGCGUGGUGCUGGGCGCGGGUUUGGCGCAAAGGGAAGUGAAAAGCAUCUAGGUUGCAUUCGGCAUCAACCAUCUGUGGUUCCGGGCAUGACGGUUUUGAAAAUGUAG